GCAGGAGAAGGAGACAAGAUGGCAGCCUCGGCUAAGAAAGUGUUGGAGGUGUUUGUGACUAAAAUCCCCUGGACUGUAGCUGGCAAGGAGAUGAAGGAGUAUUUUGGACAGUUUGGUGCAGUGAAGAGGUGCACCCUUCCAUUUGACAAAGACACCGGCUUCCAUAAAGGGUUCUGCUGGGUUUUAUUCUCCACAGAGGAGGGACUAAACAACGCGCUGCAGAAGGACCCCCAUAUUCUGGAAGGAGCAAAGCUUUUUGUUCAGAGGAACAGACGUCCCUUUGAAGGACAGAAGUCCAACAAAGAUGGAGACUUUGUCUGAAGCUUGGUGGUUCUGCUGAGCAGAUGAGACCAAAAAUGUUUUCUUUGUUGGAAUGCUUCAUUCCUCCUGCUUUACAUCUGAAUAAACCAUUCGGACAGAAGCACGCUCAAUGUGUCUGCAUGGAAUCCAACGACAGGAAAGAUUUCAUUUUUCAGACUCGCUUGACUAAUAAAUUCUGUAUUUAUUGUGAGAAAGAUUGCUCUCCAUCACAUACUGUCAGUUGUUUUUAAUCAAUAAAAAUGUUUAUUGCUAUUUUA